UUUAUUUGUUUCACAAGGAACCCAUAUACAUAUAUAAUUGGAAAACUUACAAUCUGUUUCUUAGAACCCAAUUUUCAGUGUUUUUUCCUUUGUUGUUUGAGUAUUUUCUUUUGUGCCUUCUGGCUGCCUCAAAAGGCUGUGUUCUUUUCUAUCCAUGUCUAGUUCAAAGUACAAAGUGCUUUUUUUAUAUCUGUUUUCUUCGUGGCUUUAUUUUGGAGGUUUGGCCAUGGCAGCAAGUGAAAGCAGCAACAGUUCCAGAGACCUUGAUCAGACACCAACGUGGGCUGUUGCUGCUGUAUGCACUGUUUUCAUCUUGAUAUCCUUAACUCUGGAGAAGACUCUUCACAAAGUGGGGACGUGGUUAGGAGAUAGGCAAAAGAAUGCUUUGCUUGAAGCUCUGGAGAAGGUCAAGGCUGAGUUGAUGAUUUUAGGUUUCAUUUCACUGCUUUUGACUUUUGGGCAGAGUUACAUUGUGAAAAUAUGUAUUCCUGCAAAGGUUGCAAACAAAAUGUUGCCAUGUCCAUAUAAACAUAAGGACACCAAAAAUGCAUUAAGUAGUGAAGAACAUCGUAGGAACCUUCUGUCUUAUGAACGUAGAUAUUUAGCUGCUGAUACUACCUCAUUCAAAUGCAGCAAGGAGGGAAAUGAGCCACUUUUAUCUGUCGAUGGAUUGCACCAGUUACACAUUCUCAUAUUCUUCUUAGCUGUGGUUCAUGUGCUUUACAGUGCUGUCACAAUGCUUCUUGGCAGACUAAAGAUACGUGGAUGGAAGGCAUGGGAGGAGGAGACUUCAACUCACGGGUAUGAGUUCGCCACAGAUGCUUCAAGAUUCAGGCUUACUCAUGAAACAUCAUUCGUCAGAGCCCAUGCCAGUUUUUGGACAAGGAUUUCUAUAUUCUUCUAUAUUGGAUGCUUCUUUAGGCAAUUUUAUAGGUCUGUGCGUAAGGUUGACUACCAGACUUUGCGCAAUGGGUUUAUCACUGUCCACUUGGCUUCUGGUAGUAGAUUUAAUUUCCAAAAGUAUAUCAAAAGAUCACUAGAAGAUGACUUCAAGGUAGUUGUGGGAGUCAGUCCUGUCCUUUGGGCAUCAGUCGUUGUUUUCCUACUUCUAAAUGUUAAUGGUUGGCAUACUCCAAUAUGGGCAUCCUUAAUUCCUGUUAUUAUAAUUUUGGCUGUUGGAACAGAACUUCAAGCCACAUUGGCAAAGAUGGCUCUUGUAAUCACAGAUAGACAUGCAGUUGUCCAAGGAAUUCCUCUUGUUCAAGGUUCAGACAAAUAUUUUUGGUUUGGUCGGCCCCAGUUAGUUCUUCAUCUUAUCCAUUUUGCUUUGUUCCAGAAUUCGUUCCAAGUGACCUAUAUCUUGUGGACAUGGUAUUCUUUUGGGCUGAAAAACUGUUUCCGUCUUGACUACAAGCUUGCAAUUCUAAAAGUAGCUUUAGGGAUUGUGAUGCUAUGCAUCUGCAGCUACAUCACCCUUCCGUUGUAUGCUCUUGUAACUCAGAUGGGUUCAAGGAUGAAAAAAUCAAUAUUUGAUGAACAAACAUCCAGAGCUUUAAAGAAAUGGCACAUGGCUGUGAAAAAGAAGCAGGGAUCAGUGCAGCUAGGAAAGUCCACAGCAAGAACCAUGGAUGGAAGCACCGUUGGCUCAACAUUGAACUCCCCCGGACCCAUACUUCACCGUUUCAAAACUACUGGCCACUCAACCAAUGAGGAUCAAGAUGAAUAUGAAUCUGAUACUGAUCAGUUGUCUCCCACAUUGAUUGUAAGAGUGGAUCAUGGUGAGCAACAAGCAGAAGAAGAUACACACCAUAGUGAGGGAGAAACCAACAAUGUAGGUGACUUCUCAUUUGUUAAGCCUCACCCUGUAGAAAGAUCCACUACAUUGCAUUAAAGUUACACUACAUUCUUCUCCUUUUAUAAAAUUUUAACAUGUU